AUGGAGCCAUUACGCAGUUGCGGCUCAUUGUGGAAAUUCGUCGUUAUCGUCAUCGUCAUCGUCAUCUCACUGUUAAGGCUGUGCGCCAUAUUGCUCUAUCGGGCCGCCGGCGCCCUCUGGUGGAUGGCAUAUGCAGUGACGAUGAACUGCAGCCGCACUGCCCACCGCUACCUCGUCGACAGCUUUCUGCAAUGCUGCCUCAGACAUGGGCAUGUGCCUGAAGGGAACUGGGAAAUGGUUCAUUCUGCGGCUGGUACGUACAUAGUACACCCCGACAGUGAGAUCUACUGGCUCUGGCAGUGCGUUGUCUCGCUCGCUGUGAUCUACAACAUGUGGCUGACCAUAGUGAGGAUCACCUAUAAAGAAAUGAGCGAUCAGGGACCGCACGGCUGGGUGUUUUUCAUCGCAGACAGUGUUACUGACCUCAUCUACUUGCUUGACAUCAGCGUGUCACGGCGCACGGCCUAUCUGAAGCACGGACUGCUGGUGAGCGACGUCAGCAGAAUCGCUCGCCGGUAUCGCAGCGGUGUUUACUUCUACCUGGAUCUGGCAUCCUUGUUUCCCGUGGCAACCAUAUCGCGUCUCGUCACAGAACGAUGGACAACGCCUCUUCCCUACGGACGCUUGCUCAGGACAAUGAAAAUGUAUUCUAUGUGGAGGUUUUUUGGUUUAACCGAUAGUCGCACAAAUUUUCCGAAUAUCAUUAGAGCCGCAAAGCUAAUGCUAUACUUAGCCUUGGUGAUGAAUUGGAUCGCCUGCUUAUACUAUCUCAUCUCAGAGGCCGAAGGUCAAGGAAGCAAUGACUGGGUGUAUCCCAGCAUCGCUGGCAAUCAAACGUUUACGAGUAAGUACAUACGCUGCAUGCACUGGGCUCUCAUCACGCUGACGACUAUCGGAGGAGCAGCCAAUCCCGUCACUGACAUCGAAUUCCUCUUCACUGGAGUGACGUACAUGUUAGGCCUAUUCGUGUUUGCAGCAGUGGUUGGUAACGUCGGCAACGUCAUCAGCAACAUGAAUGCUGCACGACAGGAUUUCCAGACCAAGAUGGAUGCGUUAAAGUUUUACAUGAACAGACGCGGUGUGCCGGAGGAAUUGCAGAACAGAGUUAAACGCUGGUCGAACUACGCCUGGACACGGAAUCAUGGUAUGGAUGACGCUGGUUGCUUGGAGAUUCUGCCGCCUCGCAUGAGGGCUGAAGUUGCUAUACAGGUACACCUGGAAACGUUACGAAAGGUUAGGAUUUUCGAAGAUUGCGAAGAAGGUGUGCUCUGCGAACUGGUACUAAAAUUGAAGCCCCAGAUAUUUUCUCCUGGAGAUUUUAUUUGCAAGACUGGCGAGAUAGGGAGGGAAAUGUACAUCAUAAAUCACGGUGUCGUAGAGGUGAGUGUGAAGUGUGCCAGCACUGAUGAACGGACAGUAGUGGCGACUCUACAGGAAGGAAACUACUUCGGAGAAAUCAGCCUUCUGGAGCUACACUCCAGUCAAAAGCGAACGGCUGAUGUUCGCUCAGUUGGCUACUCUGAACUACUAGUGCUGUCAAGGAAGGAUCUCAUGUCUGCACUCGUAGAAUAUCCGAAGACGCGUGAAGUUCUCGAAGCAUUCGCCGAGGAAAGAAUUCUGAAUGUGCUAGAAAAGUCAUGACCUCUCAAGACGUGACCCUACCUACAACCAUGGCAGUUCCUUUCUGAUAUCACCCGACGAUGGUGCAGCAUAUGGGGAUUAAACUGUCGAUUUUACACGGCAGAUGGCAGCACAGUGUUACUCAUUGCCGGCGCGCGCGGUCGCAGAUGCGCGGCUACUGCAAUCAUAAGUCAUACCCGAUACAAUAAAAGAC